UUGCUUUUAAAUAUUGGUACUUAAUUAGUUUUAUAUUCUCUUAAAAAGACAAAUACACCAUUUCUUAUAUACUCGAAUGAGAUAAGACUCCGCUUAUAUCAAUCAUCUCGAGUUCUUCAUUUUCUCUGUCUAAUCUCUCAGGGAUCUAAAACUUGGUAAGCUUACAUCUCUGAAAGAUCCUAGCUAGAAAUGGGUGGUGAGGCAUGUUCAAGAUUAGGUACUGGGUUUUGUUCAAGAUUAGGAGAAUCAUGGAAAAGAAAGAAGCAAAACUUGAAUGAAACAGUAUCUAAAAGCAAAGUUGGAAAAUAUUUCAAACUAGAAGCAAGAAAGACUUGUUUCACUAGAGAGAUAUGUGCAGGUACAGCCACUUUUCUCACCAUGGCAUAUAUCAUAACGGUUAACGCAACAAUACUCGCUGACUCCGGUGGAACGUGCUCUAUCCAAGACUGUACUCCACCAUCAAUCGCCUCGAACACAACCAACAAUAUCAUCAAUGAUCAGGAACCAACUCCAGACUGCAAAUUCAAACCAAAUAUAGGCUACCAAAAUUGCCUAACCAAAACCAAAAGUGAUCUUAUUGUCGCAACUGUAUUAACUUCACUAUUUGGUUGUGUAGGAAUGGGUGUUUUUGCUAACCUUCCUUUAGCUGUUGCACCAGGAAUGGGAAUCAAUGCUUACUUUGCAUACAACUUAGUGGGCUUACAUGGAUCAGGACCAAUGACAUACCAGACAGCUCUAGCUGUGGUAUUAGUCGAAGGUUGUGCGUUUCUCGCAAUAGCCUUGAUUGGUUACCGAGCUAAACUCGCUCGGCUUAUACCUCGUGCAGUUCGACUAGCUUCCGCCGCUGGCAUCGGUCUCUUCAUCGCGUUCACAGGCCUCCAAACCCAACAAGGAGUAGGUCUUGUUGGGCCUAGUUCUUCGACGAUGCUAACAUUAGCAGCUUGCUCUAGAAUUAACCCGGUCACAGGCGCAUGCGAAGGUGGAAUUUUACGGAGUCCGACGUUUUGGCUCGGCACCACUGGGCUGUUAAUCAUGUCUUACGGAUUAAUGAAAAACAUCAAAGGUAGCAUGAUAUAUGGUAUUGUUUUUGUUACAUUAGUUUCCUGGAUCAGAGGUACUAGUGUGACAUUUUUUCCCGACACACAAAUAGGUAACACUAAAUAUGAUUAUUUCAAAAAGGUUGUGGAUUUUCAAGGAAUUCAAACCACAGCUGGUGCAAUCAGUUUUAGUGAGUUUAAUAGGAGUGAAGUUUGGAUAGCUUUGGUUACAAUCCUUUAUGUAGAUGUUUUAGCAACUACAGGUACAUUGUUUUCCUUAGCUGAAGUUGGAGGAUUUGUUGAUGAAAAAGGGAGAUUUGAAGGUGAAUAUAUAGCAUAUAUAGUUGAUGCUAUAGCUACAAUUAUCGGCUCUGCUCUAGGAACUAGCCCGACUGCGGUCUAUGUGGAAUCAACAGCCGGGAUAAAGGAAGGAGGCCGAACAGGUAUAACAACUAUAGUUGUCGGGUUUUACUUCUUGUUGUCAUUGUGUUUCAUACCUCUGUUGGCUAGUGUACCUCCAUGGGCAAUUGGACCUUCACUAGUUAUGGUUGGAAUGAUGAUGAUGAAAGUGGUCAAGGAUAUUGAUUGGGAUAACAUUAAAGAAGGUGUUCCUGCUUUUGUUACAAUUUUGUUGAUGCCAUUAACUUAUUCCAUAUCUAAUGGGAUUAUCGGAGGGAUUAUGGUUUAUGUAGCUCUUAAUUUCUAUGAUUAUGUGGUUAUGUCUGUAAAAUGGGUAAUGGGUUUGAUGAGAAAGGCUAUGGGGGGUGUUCAGAAUCAGGUUUCAGCUACUAACACCAAUGAACCAAUCUCUGUAAUUGCUCCAUAAAUGCAAAUUCAACUUGUUAUUUGAAAUUUCCUUUGACGAA